AUGGCGCAGCAGCACAUACCAAAUAACCAACCGCUACGGUCCUUGGGGCACGAGCCGUUGGAGUUGAUGAAAGCUUCCUUGGAGCACGUGCUCAAGACGACGCCUCCUCAGCCUACCUAUGAAAUUCAUGAGAUGUUUGGUGGCUACACAGGUGGCCCAACUAGCCUUGCCUACUUGUUCUUCCGACUGGCGGACCUCUAUCCAGCUGUCCAGGUCACAGGCCACCCUCUUAUGCACUGGACGAAGCAGUAUCUAGAAGGCGACAGAGGUGAAGUCAAGAUUACAACUAGAGUGGGAAUCAGCAGCGAGAAAUUGGCCCGGGAUGCACUCAUAGCCUGCUUGAGCAAAGAUGAGAAUGAUGUCAAGGCCUUCUUGUCCAACAUGCCAACUGUGCUUGGCCCCUCUACAGACUUGAAAAAGGAUCCAUAUGGGUCAGAAUUUUGGGAAGGCAGAGCUGGCACGCUAUAUUUCAUGAGGCUGAUGCGCCACUACAUCCCAGAGAGUGCUGCUCUUCUCGAAGGCCCCAUUGCUCGGGUAUCUGAAAGGAUUCUCUCAGAUAGCAUCGACCAGGACGAGAGGGGGUGGAUGUUCUAUGAUCUGGAAACGACCGGUGCUGGUCACGGCACCAUUGGAAUCAUUACACAACUGGUUGUGACUACGCCUUCUCUGGCACCGAGGCUGAGGACCAAGCUUUGUGCCGUGCUCAAUCUCCAAACCGAUGGUAAUUGGCCCAGAAAUAUCGCACCUGCUGGUGAUGACAACCCAUUCCUUAUGCAGUGGUGCCAUGGUGCCCCUGGAUUUGUCGUCUCCCUCAAAGCUAUAAGGCCUUACUUCCCUGAGCUACAGGGGCGAAUCGAUGCUGCCAUAGCCAACGCGCAAGAGGCUACCUGGAAAUAUGGAUUGAUCAAAAAGGAGCCUAGUCUCUGUCACGGCAUCCUUGGAAAUGCACUGCGAGGCUCUACCUCGUGGACCGCGCAGGGAGCACUUCCUCUCCCUGGCGACGGUCGAAGCCAUUGA